GAGUUUGGAGCAGAGAGUAUUCACUGGUUUGGAGCACGAGAAACAGUCUACACGGAUCGCAAACUCUUUUGCAAAGGUUUAAAGGUCGGAUUUAAAGAAGUUUUGCAAAUAAACCUACUUAAUUGAUUUCAGUAUGAAUAUUACUCGAAGCGAAAAUUCACAAGGCGUGGUUUCAGUUGCACCAAGAGCAUUUGUAGUGAAUUUCGUGCCCAAGUAAUUCAGAACUUGCUGAAAAUCCUACCCAUCAACGAGAAAAAGCUUGACUAAUUUUGGAAUAAAAGGCUUGAGCCUAGAAUGGAAUCAAUUUUUACCAAUUCAGUCAACGCCGCGAAUGAAAAGAGCUUGACCCGUUAAAAAAAAUCUUGAGAUUAAAAAUGUUUUCAAGAAUACGGGGUUUCUUGAAUCGCCACAAGCGGAAGUUCAUCAUCAGCGGAGUGGUCGUUGGCAGUUUUAUCCUCCUCACAAGAUACACUCAACGCAAGCUACGUGAAUGGCAAGAAAAAGAAGUUCGCGAACUUUUGGAACGAACGCGUCGGUGUCAGCACUUCGAAAGCACAGAACGAACGUGCAAUCAAACGAUAUUGACUUUAGCGACCAGUGUUCGAAAUUCCGUGACAAAAGUUUUGGAUUCUGAAACAAUUGUAAACAAACUCCGAAACGGAUGCACUGACAAAAUCGCUUCCUGGAAUGCUUUGAAGGUCCUCGCGAUUGCACGAUCGGCAGUGAUAAUUUAUUCGGAGGCGAUGCUUGUCGCCACUCUAAGGAUCCAGCUCAAUUUGGUUGGAGGCUACAUGUUUAAGGAUUCGCAAAACGUCAAUGGAGUCGUGAGAGCCGAUGGCCUCACCCAGCAGAAGUAUUUGUCCCUCUGUGGAUAUUUCAUGGACCAUGGAGUCGAAAAACUGAGCGCAUUGAUCAAGGAGAAAGUCGAAGAAAUCACUGCCUCUAUUUCUUUGAGAGACAAGCUAACUCUGAGAGACCUGGAGCAAAUUUACUGGUCAGUAAUGUCGCUCGUCUCCGCGGAUCCAACUGUUGAUCCAGUGAAGAAUUUGACCAAAUACAUGGUCCCUGCGAAUUGCGAAAAAGAAACUGACGAUAUUUUGUCGAAGAUGAUCAUCGAGACUUUGGAUCUUCUUGAGAGCGAAGAGGUACAGAGUUUGGUUCAGACUAGCAUCAGAAGUGGAUUUGUUCUAGUGAUUGAUCACAUUUCCGAGUACUUUGGAGACUCGUGUGCAAUGACGAAUGGAAUUACGAGUGAGAUUUUUUCCCCAGCGCCGGGAACUUCUAAUGGGAAGGAAACGCUCUGGGCGGAUUCUGUGAAGAAGUCGGCAGAUGCUUCUCAUAAGGACGCAUUUUUCAACUUAAAUAAAAUCACGAUGCCUAUGGCGAAAAUCAUUCCUAUUGUCAACGGACAGGUUCCGGAUGUUCCCACUUCGGGUGACGUGCCUUCGGAUUGGCUGCAGAGACUGAUUUUGAAUGAUAAACUGAAGGCACUGGGUGCCAAUAUCUAUGAAGCGUUUAGUGUUUAAUUUAGAGUUCGUAUCUGGUGUGCAUAUUUAUAAUAUAAAUACGAUUUUGUAAAUAAUUUCAGUUUAAAAUCGUGGUGAAUAGGUAUUAAGAGUAGAGAUAUUUUGUAAUUUUCACAGGGCCAGGUUAAAAUUUAUAUACUCAUAGUGAUCAAUAUCUAUGGAUUUUAGUACAGGAUUGUUUUGUAGGUGUGAAUGGAAAGAAUUAAUAUGUUGCUUAAAAUAUAUGUUUCAUUAAUUUAGAAGAAUUAAAUUAAACAGCGAAACUCUGUUUUUAAGGAUUUUCAAUUCAGAUUGUAGGGUUUGCUUGUGAAGAUUUAGUAGGUUGUAACUUGGAACCGCAUUUAUAUUUUAUGAUAUUGAUGAUUUGGUUUUUUUCCAUCCACACUUCGAGAUUUGUUUUUUAUUGUCUGUAUAAAUAUUCUUUGAAUAUAUUCA